AUGCUGAGACGCUCCAUAUCAAUCGCACCUACCGAUCAAAUCAGCACAGAUGAGACCCUAAGCCAAAAGCAAGGCACGCUGGCAAAGAUCAGAGACAAAGAUCUCGCGCGAUACCUCGCUUCCGACGUCAACACAAAGCGAGCAGAUAUUGUCCUCAUAGUUUGCGGGUUUGUCAGUGGUCUGGUUGAUGGUGUCUCCUUUACUGCCUGGGGCAGUUUUGCAAGCAUGCAAACUGGAAACUCGGUCUUUAUCGCCCUCGGCGUAUCUGGUCAACCGGAAUACCCAGCCUACCUCUGGGCCAAAUCACUCAUCUCUGUCGCAACGUUCAUCGUCAGCAACAUCUUCUUUAGCCGAUUUAUGCGCUUUCUCGGUCCCAAACGUCGAAUAACCAACAUCAUUAGUUUCCUGCUUCAAUGUCUUGCCCUUCUCGCCGCGUCAAUAUUAGUACAGGUCAAUGUUGUGUCGCCCCGACCAGAGGAUCCACGAGCACCGAUAGCAUGGAUGCAGGUACUACCCAUUACUUUACUCGCAUUUCAAGCUGCCGGGCAAAUCGUGGCUAGUCGUACUCUAGAAUAUGAUGAGAUACCGACUGUUGUACUGACAACAUUGCUGUGUGAUUUGUUGAUUGAUCAGCGAUUAUUUGCAAAAGACAACCCUAAGAGAAAUCGCAGAGUGGCCUGCUUUGUCACACUGAUUCUGGGCGCGAUGACGGCAGGAGGAUUGUACAAGUUGACAAACAUGAGCGCCAGUCUGUGGUUGGCAUUUGCUUUGAAGGCGGUCAUCACUGUGUCGUGGGUGUUUUGGGAAGGAACUCAGCAGAUGAAAGACGAAGAAGGGCAUGUCUGA